AUGAAUACGUUAUCUUUAUAUUUAAGAAAUACUAUAUUCCUUCUUUUAAUAUGGAUGUAUCAAUGUUUUUAUAACUUUGAUUCCAAUAAAACAUUGGUUGAUAAAAAUAUAUUGCAAACAAAAAAUAAGUUAAAAUAUGAAAGAGUAUUAGCAGAGGGUGACAUAUCAGGAAAAAAGCAAACAUACGCUAAGGAAUGCAUAGAGGAAAGUCCAUUAGGUAAUAAAAAAAACAAGUGUAAAAAUCCAGUUCGAUACGAGAAUCCGUACGAUCAUUGGAAUAAAGUCGUUACUCCAAAAUUGCGGGAGCAAUUUGAUAAAGAAACAAGUGAAAUGGACCCUAAUUGGAGAGACCAAAAAUGGAAUAAUGAAUGGAAUAAAAUUUCCGCUGACAAAGUUAAUGAUCUGUCUUCAAUAUAUCAUAGACAAGAUAUUUCAGAAGAAGAAAAAAAAGAAUUAAUUUUUCCUGUUGUGCAUAAACUUUUCUCAGAAUUUCAGCAAUUUAUAGACGAAUGUAAGAAAGAGAUGAUAGGCAAUAAAACAGAAUCCGAAUCUAAAAAAGAGAUGAUAGACAAUAAAACAGAAUCCGAAUCUAAUAAUGAGAUGACGGACAAUAAAACAGAAUCCGAAUCUAAGGAUGAGGUGACAGACAAUAAAACAGAAUCAGAAUCUAAGAAAGAAACGAUAGGCAAUAAAACAGAAUCCGAAUCUAAGAAAGAGAUGAUAGACAAUAAAACAGCAUCCGAAUCUAAGAAAGAGAUGAUAGACAAUAAAACAGAAUCCGAAUCUAAGAAUGAGAUAAUAGACAAUAAAACAGCAUCCGAAUCUAAGAAAGAGAUGACAGAUAAUGAAACAGCAUCCGAAUCUAAGAAUGAGAAGAGAAAAAAAAAAAUAAAUUUUAAGAAAUUUGAUUUAAUGAAACAUUUAAUUUUUCAUAAGAUUGAAAAAAUUUACGAUGAUAAAAAAUAA